ACACAUGUUUCAACAUGGCGGCUGUCGAAAUUGAACGGGCGCAAGCCCUUUAUGCGUCUAAUAAGCCCGCCGCCGCUAUAGAUAUUCUUCACUCCAUUGUUAAAAAAGAACCACAGAUCAGUGAUGAGGAAGCUAUUAGAAUUAAGGAGUUGGCCAUCAUGGAACUUGGCUCUCUCUUGUCCAAGACUGGACAAGGAGAAGAGCUGGCUGGCCUUAUCAAGUUCACCAGGCCAUUUCUGGUGCGGAUGAGUAAAGCUAAGGCAGCCAAGCUGGUGAAGGCACUGGUCGACAUGUUUCUAGAUAUGGAGGCAGGGACAGGGAAAGAGGUUGAGUUAUGUAAGGAGUGUAUAGAAUGGGCAAAAUCUGAGAAGAGGACUUUUCUAAGACAGGCACUGGAGGCUAGACUGAUUGCUCUGUUUUUUGAGACUGGGCAGUAUGAAGAUGCUUUAAGUUUAGAGGGUUCCUUAAUCAAAGAGCUUAAGAAGAUGGACGACAAGGCCCUGUUGGUGGAGGUCCAGCUGUUGGAGAGCAAGGUCUACCAUGCCCUUAGUAAUCUCCCCAAAGCAAGGGCGGCACUAACGUCUGGUAGAACCACAGGGAAUGGGAUCUACUGCCCUCCUAAACUACAGGCAGCACUAGAUCUACAGUCUGGAGUGCUGCAUGCAGCUGAUGAGAGGGACUUUAAAACUGCAUUUUCCUACUUCUAUGAAGCAUUUGAAGGAUACGAUUCCAUUGACAGUCCCAAAGCUGUGACUGCCCUGAAGUACAUGUUGUUAGCCAAGAUUAUGCUGAACAGUGCUGAUGAGGUGCAGUCUAUACUCAGUGGUAAACUCGGGUUAAAGUACGCAGGCAGUAACGUGGAAGCCUUGAAGAGUAUAGCCAAAGCCAGUCACAAUAGGUCCCUCGCAGAAUUUCAGCAGACCAUAUCAUCUUACAAGACGGAGCUGGUGGACGACCCCAUCAUUCGUGCCCACCUGGACUCCCUCUACGACAACAUGUUGGGCCAGAACCUGUGCAGGAUCAUAGAACCCUUCUCCAGGGUACAGGUCACCCAUAUUGCCAAUCUCAUUAAGCUACCCAUGGACACAGUUGAAAAGAAAUUGUCACAAAUGAUCCUGGAUAAGAAAUUCCAUGGUAUUCUUGACCAGGGUGCUGGAGUCCUGAUCGUCUUUGAGGAGACAACUUCUGACAAAACAUACGAAACCUCACUAGAGACAAUUCAGUCCAUGGGAAAAGUCGUGGACUCUUUGUACAACAAAGCCAAAAAAUUGACUUGAUAUACCAAAGGAAAGAAAUGAAAAAAAAAA